AUGUCACUCGAAAUUGAAUCAGCUGAUGUUAUUCGUCUGAUACAACAAUAUCUCAAAGAAAAUAAUCUAUUACGUACUUUAGCUCAAUUACAAGACGAGAGCGGUAUAUCAUUAAAUACUGUUGAUUCUAUUGAAAGCUUCAGUAGUGAAAUAAAUAAUGGUCAUUGGGAUACUGUUUUACAAACAAUUCAAUCACUUAAAUUACCUGAUAAUAAACUUCUUGAUCUUUAUGAACAAAUUGUUAUUGAAUUAAUUGAAUUGCGUGAAUUAGGAGCAGCACGUACUUUAUUACGUCAAACAGAUCCAAUGAUUAUGCUUAAACAACAACAACCUGAUCGUUACGUACAUUUGGAAGAUUUACUUACGCGAUCGUAUUUUGAUCCAAGAGAAGCUUAUGCGGAAGGACAAAAUAAAGAAAAACGUCGUCAAGCUAUUGCAACUGCUCUUUCAGGUGAAGUUAGUGUUGUACCUGCUUCACGUUUACUUGCUCUUUUGGGUCAAGCAUUGAAAUGGCAACAGCAUCAAGGACUUUUACCGCCCGGUACUUCCAUUGAUUUGUUUCGUGGCAAAGCUCAAGUUCGUGAACAAGAAGAAGAAAAAUAUCCAAGUCAACUAAGUCGUGUGAUGAAAUUCGGUAGUAAGGCGCAUGUUGAAUGUGCACGUUUUUCACCUGAUGGUCAAUAUCUUGUAACUGGUUCAUUCGAUGGAAUCAUCGAAGUAUGGAAUUUCACAACAGGAAAAAUUCGUAAAGAUCUGAAAUAUCAAGCUCAAGAACAAUUUAUGGUUAUGGAUGGUGCUAUUUUAGCAUUAUGCUUUAGUCGAGAUUCAGAAAUGUUAGCAUCGGGUAGUCAAGAUGGGCAAAUUAAAGCAAGUGUUUUCUUUUGUUUGCGAAAAUUUGAUAAAGCACAUUUGAAAGGUGUAACAAGUUUGGUAUUUUCCAAAGAUAGUACACAAUUAUUAAGUGCUUCAUUUGAUCAUUUUGUUCGAAUCCAUGGAUUAAAAUCUGGUAAAGUUAUAAAAGAAUUUCGUGGACAUGCUUCCUUUGUAAAUAAUGCUAUAUUUACGGUUGAUGGCCAUCAUGUUUUAAGUGCUAGUUCGGACGGUUCAGUUAAACUAUGGAGCAUGAAAACAACUGAGUGUAGUUCAACAUUUAAAUCAUUUGGAAGUACGGAUAUUACCGUUAAUAGUGUUCAUUUGCUAGCAAAAAAUCCCGAACAAUUUGUUGUUUGUAACAGAAGUAAUACUGUGGUUAUUAUGAAUAUGCAAGGACAAAUUGUAAGAAGUUUUACAAAUGGAAAAAAAGAGAACGGUGAUUUUAUUUGCUGUUGUGUAUCACCACGUGGCGAAUGGAUCUAUUGUUGUGGUGAAGAUAUGAUGUUGUAUUGCUUUAAUGUACAAUCUGGUAAACUCGAAAAAGUUUUAUCGAUUCACGAAAAAGAUGUGAUUGGACUUAGUCAUCAUCCGCAUCAAAAUUUAAUUGCAACAUUUUCAGAAGAUGGUACAAUGAAAUUAUGGAAGUCUUAG